ACAAUAAGUCGAGUACUCAAGGAAGUUUUGUGUGCAAUGGAUGGAUUGUCAAGGGAUGUAAUUGUACCUAAAGAUCUUGAUUUCAAAGAAAUACCGCAACGAUUAGCAUCGGAUACUAGAUACAUGCCAUUUUUCAAGGAUUGCAUUGGAGCUAUAGAUGGUACACAUAUAACAGUCAUUGUUCCGGAAGAAAAUCAAAUGCGUUAUAGAGGAAGGAAAGGAAUACCUACUACAAAUGUCUUAGCAGUAUGUGACUUUGAUCUCCUUUUUACGUAUGUUUUGACGGGAUGGGAAGGUUCAGCACAUGAUUCUCGUAUAUUUCUUGAUGCAAUAGGUGAUCCGAAACUUAAGUUUCCAAACCCCCCAGAAGGUGAUAUAAUUUAAUAUAUUAUUAGUGACAUGCCUAAAUAUUUUGUUUUCUUACAGUACU